AGUUUAAGGACUCUGGUUACAGAUUCAACUAAAGCUAAAACCGAUGGGAAGUGAGUCAGGGACACCUUUAUUAACUCAAAGCCAAAGGGAAGGAUCUAGCUUUCUAAAGGCAUGUUUCAAUGGAACAAAUGCUUUUCUGGGAAUUGGUCUGCUUACAGUUCCCUAUGCUCUCUCAAGUGGAGGAUGGCUGAGUUUAGGGUUGUUUUUCCUAGUUACCAUGAUGACCUUUUACACUGGAAUCUUACUGAAGACAUGUAUGGAUACUGAUCCAACAGUUAAAAGCUACUUAGACAUAGCGGAGAGAGCCUUUGGGAAAAAAGGAAGAUUCAUAGUGAUGAUGAUCAUGAACUCAGAGCUCUACUUAGUGGGCAUAGGACUGUUGAUCCUAGAAAGUGACAACUUAAAGAAGCUGUUUCCAAACUUCAUGAUCAGGAUUGGAGAAGUGGUGGCCAUUGAGUGCCGCCAAUCAUUUGUGCUGAUCACUGCUUUGGUGAUCUUGCCAUCUAUGCUGCUGACUGACUUGAGCAUACUCUCUUAUGUGUCUGCAACUGGAGUCUUUUCUUGCCUUAUAAUUCUUGGCUCCAUUUUCUGUGUUGGUGCCUUUGGAGGAGUUGGGUUUCAUGAAAAAGGGUCUUUACUUAAACUCACUGGCUUACCUACUGCUGUGAGCUUGUACAUAGUUUGCUUUGCAGGACACCCAGUUAUCCCUUCUAUCUACACUUCAAUGAAAAACAAGCACCAAUUCACUCAGGUAUUACUAUUCAGCUUUGUUCUCACAACUUUCACUUACUUAUUGACCUCUUGUCUGAGCUACAUUAUGUACGGAGAGAGUGUUGAGUCACAAAUCACACUCAAAUUACCAACCAAGCUGAUCAGUUCAAAAGUUGUAAUCUACACCACUCUGUUAAUUCCAGUCACUAAAUAUGCUUUGAUGUUAACCCCAGUAGCCAAUGCCAUUGAAGGAGGGAUUUCAACAGAUUUCAAGAACUCUAGAAAAGUUCAAUUACUUGUCAGGAUGGUGUUACUAUUAAGUACCACUGCGGUAGCCUAUGUAUUUCCAUAUUUUGAGAAUUUGAUGACCAUUGUUGGAUCUAUUUUUGCAGCACUUUGUUCAUUUGUACUUCCUUGUCUUUGUUACUUGAAAAUUUCAUCUUCAUACAGAAGUUGGAACGUUGAGUUGGUUGGGAAUGUGGCAAUAGUUUUGCUUGCAACUCUAGCUGGAGUUUUAGGGACUUAUUCAUCUAUUGCUGAACUUGUACACAAAUAUUGAACCACUUUUCAAGUUGG